GAGCACUCCCAAUGGCUUCCCCAAUCUCAUCUCUAUCCCCAUAUAUAGAUAACAUAUAAAAAAAACCACUUCCCAAUGGCUUCCUUAUCUUCAAUUGAAUAUCUAAACCAUUAUCUAAAUUGUUUUUCACUCUUCAAACUUGAAGAAGCAAAAGACCGGUCCCUAAACGUUUUUUUACUCUCAAAAUAUUGUCUCUCUCCUGCCACAUCAGCCGAGAACUCGCAGGGGUCAAUUUCCGUCAUUUGCAAUCCUCUCUCUCGCGUUCCUCUCUCUCGCGCUCUUCUCUCUCGCGUUCGCUCUCUCUCGUGUUCGCUCUCUCUCCUCGAUUCACUCUCUCUCGUGCUCAGCCGUGCUCAAUCGUGCCUCGCGUUUGGUCUCUGCCUCUGUCGCAGUUCUCGUGCUCAAUCGUCCUCAAUCCCUCAAUCGUGCCUCGCGUUCGCUCCCUGCAAACCCUAACUCGUAAUGAGCAUGCCUGUUAUGGAUUCCCCCAUGGUUGAUGUGAAUAAUAACAAGGUGAAGCCAAAGAAAUCCGAGAAUUAUACGGUUCAAGAAGACCUUAUUCUAAUUGCGGCUUGGGAGCACACUAGUGAAGAUGCAAUUACCGGGACGGAUCAAGCAAAGGAGCAAUACUGGAUUCGUGUUUGGCGUGAGUAUUCUGAGAAUGCAAAGUCAUAUCCUCCUCGUAGUGAUAAGUCAAUCGUGAAUCGCUUUAGUGUUAUUCGGACCAAGUGUUUGAAAUUUUCUGGUAUUGUUCAAAGUAUUGAGAAUGCACAUCCUAGUGGCAUGGGAGAGAAAGACAAGCUAAAUGAAGCUUUGAAAACAUGGGCCCUAGAAGAGAAAGAAAAAAGUUUCAAACUACUUCAUUGCUACAAUGUCUUGAAGAACUCACACAAAUGGAUGACUGAAGUUGUUCUACCUACAAGUAGAAGAAACAUUCCAGCAUCGGCGGAAUGUUAUACAAUUGGGGAUGAUGAUAUACCUUCGGGGCAUGUGGAGCCGGAUAGGCCUAUUGGGAGGAAAGCGGAGAAAGAGCUAAGGCGGAAGAAAAAGAUGAAAGUUGAAGAUAGUGAAGAGUCAACAGCUUCCGUCAAUUUUCGUCAUUCGCAAGAAAUGCUUCAAAAAAGGCAUGACCAAAGGAUGGAAGUUGUAGUUGAAGAUACAAAGAAGAUGGAUGAGCUAAUGGAGAUGAAGAGGGAGAAAAUCAGGCUUGACCAAGAUAAUAACCCAUAUCAUAAUGAUGAUUGUUUAUAACAAAGUUCACUGGUGGAGCACGACCAUUGAUGAUGUCUGUGAACAAAGGGGAACGCUCAAGAACGUUUAUGUCAUUGAGCGAUCCUGGAAGUCCGAAGAAUGAAUGCCAUAUCCAUAGAUCUCGAGAUGCUACAGCCUCCAAGAUUAAAGUUGCUUCUUUAUGAUGGCCGGAGUAAUGACCUUUCCAUGCACUUGGACAAUUCUUCCAUGUCCAGUGCAUACAAUCUAAGCUACCAAGCAUUCCAGGGAAUCCACGAUCCUCAUGUAGCUGAAGCAACCUGGAAAUAUCAGUAGAAUUAGGUUGCCUCAGGUAACGUUCGCCGAAAACGACAAUCACUGCUUCAACAAACUUUUUCAUCGCCUCAUUUGCGGUACUUUCA